CUCCACUGAAACAAAGUUUAAAUCCCUACGAAAUAACGACGCGUUAACGGCUCGUGAGCAACGUUAAAGAUCACGCAGGACUCUCCUCGAGUUUGUGUGUCCGUGUUGUGUUGAGAGUACGCGUGUCACAAUGGACCUGUUGUCUCCCACUGACGCUCCAUCAGCGGAAAAACACAAAUCACCUGAAGACGGAAGUGAGCUGCAGUUUUCAGUCCGGGCCGCGAACGCAACGCAUGCAUGUCACUGACUGACUGUUUGUUUACUUGUGUUUUCUACGUUUGCGAGUUCUUCCCCACGAUCCGUCAGAGCCACCGGCCGCCUCUGACACUGGCCUCCUGCGGGGGUAUGGCUGCGGCUGCGGAGGAGCCGGAGGACCGCGCUGACCGGAGCUGCGUGGCCGGAGCGGCGCUAACAGGUGACGGGGAACCGGAGGAGGCCGAGGAGUUCACCUGCUCGACCCACCGCUCCGAGCUCUCCCGGCGGCAGGACGAGCAGAGGAAGGCGGGGCUGUUCUGCGACGUGACGCUGGAGUUCCGCUCCGGGGGUGCGUGCGGGACCGGCGGGGAGCGGGUCCAGACGCUGGCCGCCCACCGCUCGGUUCUGUCCGCGGCGUCGCACUACUUCACCCUGCUGCUGGGCGGACACUUCUCCGAGUCGCAGUCGGCCAGAGUGGAGCUGAAGGGCUGGAGCUCCGAGGGAGGGCUGGAGCCUGAGGCUGUGAGGAGGGUGAUCCAGUUCAUGUACACCGGGGAGAUCACGGUCUCCACCGCGAGCGUGCAUGAAGUACUGGAGCUGGCUGACAGGUUCCUGUUGGUGCAGCUGAAGAGCUUCUGUGGAGAGUUUCUCAUGAAGAAGCUGAGCUUGUCCAACUGCGUGGCCGUGCACAGCCUCGCCCACAUGUACACCCUGGACCAGCUCGCCCUGGGGGCCGCCACCAUGAUCCGGAGGAACUUCCACCAAAUCAUCCGCAACGAGGAAUUCCUCUCGCUGCCGUUUCACCUCCUGCGCACAUGGCUCUCGGACUCCGAAAUCACCGUGGAUUCUGAGGAGGAGCUGUUCGAGGCCGUCGUGAAAUGGGUGCAGCAGAACCCGGUGGAGCGAGAGAAGCACUUUGAGGAGCUGUUCGGCCUCUUGAGGCUGUCACAGAUUGCUCCCACCGCCCUGCUGCAGGUGGUGAGGAAGGAGCCCUUAGUGGCAAACAGUGCGUCCUGUCGGAAGCUGGUGUCCGACACCCUCGAGGUUCAGGCUGUUCACUUCGAGAGCCUCAAGUCUGCCGAUUUAGAGCUCUGUGCCUCCCACAUGACCGCCACCAUGCCACGGUUUGGCCAGAACAUGGACGUCAUCAUGGUCGUGGGUGGUGUUUCAGAAGGUGGAGAGUAUCUGAGUGAGUGUGUGGGCUACUUUGUCGCAGAGGACCGCUGGGUCAACCUGCCGCACAUUCACAACCACCUCGAUGGACAUGCUAUCGCAGUCACCGACAGCCAUGUGUAUGUGGCGGGCUCCAUGGAGCCAGGCUACGCCAAGAUGGUGGAGCGCUACAACCCCAACCUCAACAGCUGGGAGCAGCUCAGCAGCCUGAGCUCUCGCAAGCACUCCUUCGGCCUCACGUGUGUCAAGGAGGUUCUCUGCGGCAUCGGUGGUCACGGAAACUUCAGUCCAGGCUUUAAGGACGUCACUGUCUACGAGCCUGAGCAGGACGAGUGGCACAACCUCGACCCGGCGCCAAAAAUACUACGAGAUGUCAAAACGGUGAGCGUGGAGGACCGCUACGUGUACGUGAUGGCCAGGAGCCCUGUGGACCUGGACUUCGAGGACGGGCUGAGCACAGUGACCACCUGCUACGACACAGAGAGUCACAAGUGGCAGGAUGUGGACUCGUUGCCGCUCAUCGAUAACUACUGCGUCUUUCAAAUGGCCGUCGCGUCCACCAACUUCUACCACACGUCUUCCUGUUGCCCCAAGAACUACGAUGUGGCGCAGGAGGACGCUCAGCAGAAAAUAUGCAUAAACAUCUCAGACGACAUCCUCGACAGCCUCCCUCCAGAGGUCCUCGGUCUGGAAGGUGCCGCCAUCUGCUACCUGGGGGAGGAUGUGUUCGUCAUUGGCGGCUGGAGGAACAGCACCAACAUGGACAAGCAGUACCGCAAGGAGGUCUACCGUUACUGUGCCGAAAAGAAGCGAUGGAUGCUGCUACCGCCCUUACCUCAGCCCCGCUGUCGGGCAGCGGCCUGCCACGUGCGCAUCCCGUACCAGUAUCUGUACGGCUGCCAGCGCUACCCCAUGCCCCAGAACCUGGCUCGUCAGCGGGACCGCAUGCAGCAGAUGCAGCAGCUCCACCUGCGCACCCUCAGCCUGCGGAGGCAGCUGCAAACUCAGAUCGAAUGUUGACAUUGAAUCUCUAUUGAAACGUUCGGCCUUGCACAAUGCUUCUGAGGUUUUUAUUCUCCGCAUGGGUUUACGUGGGGCUGAAGUUCACACCGUUCAAAUUGCCAAAAGAGGAAAAUAUAAGAAAUACCAAGAAAAAAGUGAUUUUGCACUAAAAACUGUUGUGUUACUGAUGUUUUUUAACUUCCAAUGAAUGUGUAUAAAUGUUUAUGAUUUAUUUCAGAUGCUUAAAAUUGCUUUAUGUGAUCAACAUAUCUUGAACUUCGACCAAAUAUCGCCACAAUAACGUGUCAAAAAAUCUCUGCUUCUGAUUUACAUUUAAAUUCUAACUUAAAGUGUCGUUGUAGCAGGAACCAAAGUUUGUUGAGGUCUUGGUUUGUUAUUUUUUCUGGAAUCAUUGUUUUCAUUUAAGUGAUACAGAGCACAUGUUCACACACAGACACUAAACUGCUUAAAAACUCUAAAAUGUGUAAAACACACUCUCAAUGUUCCUAACUUAUCUUUUAUCGAUGCAGAUGAUAUAACUGCAUUUCCUGCACUAAAAGCCCCUGAAUGUUAAUUUAAAUGUUUUCUUCUCAGUGUUGUGUGGACCUGUUGCUGAGCUCAAUGUUUCUCUGUUACUGAUCCGAAACUGCUCGUGCCUGUGGUAUCUCCAGCCAAGCUGUCUGUAACUUUAUGGCCUCAUUAGACAUGGUGAGCCUGACACCUUUCCACUACCACACUGUGCAUAAGGUGAACAGGAAUGGUGGAUGAAUGAGUUCAUUCAGUUGUGGAGGCUUUGAUUUUUUUCAGUAACUGUCCCUUUCCAGAGUGAAAACGGACACGGGGAGAUUUUGACAGUAAUAUAGAGAUGUCACAUUUGAGGCUUCAGAUUUUUGUGCCAAAUUUGAUAAGAGGUGAUUAUAGACUGUGUAUGAUUUCCCAGUGCCAAGUAUUCCGCCAAGCCAAGCCAAAGGUACCUUUUGAAAAUGGUAAGAAACUAUAAGUGCACAAACUCUAUAAAUAAAACAUAUUGCAGUGAAA